UGGAGGACCGUGGCGUGGCGGCGGCAGUGGCGGUAACGACGGCAGGCCGUAGGGCGGUCGGAGGGUUUCCGGUUCCGGUGUAACGUUCGGGCUCCGUCUCAGGGGCUGAAGUUUGUGAGGUGCAGUACUAAAUCCCAUUUGACUUACCUUCCUUUUCCUGAAGAAUGGCACUAUCUAAGAGGGAGCUGGAUGAGCUGAAACCAUGGAUAGAGAAGACAGUGAAAAGGGUGCUGGGUUUCUCAGAGCCCACAGUGGUCACAGCAGCCCUGAAUUGUGUGGGGAAGGGCAUGGACAAAAAGAAGGCAGCUGACCAUCUGAAACCUUUUCUUGAUGAUUCUACUCUCCGAUUUGUGGACAAACUGUUUGAGGCUGUGGAGGAAGGCCGAAGCUCUAGGCAUUCCAAGUCUAGUAGUGACAGGAGCAGAAAACGAGAGCUAAAGGAGUUCCAGGAAGCGCUCGCCCCUGGCCGAGGAUAUGUCCUUGCAAAACACGAGCCCUCCUAGUGAAGAGGGGAUGUCACCCAAAGCCUACCACCGGAAGUGUUUGGUGAUGACUCCGAGAUUUCCAAGGAAUCAUCAGGAGUAAAGAAGCGACGGAUACCCCGAUUUGAGGAGGUGGAAGAGGAACCAGAAGUGAUACCUGGGCCUCCCUCAGAGAGCCCUGGCAUGCUGACUAAGCUCCAGAUCAAACAGAUGAUGGAGGCAGCAACACGACAAAUUGAGGAGAGGAAGAAACAACUGAGCUUCAUUAGCCCCCCUACGCCUCAGCCAAAGACUCCUUCUUCCUCCCAACCAGAGCGACUUCCAAUUGGCAAUACUAUUCAGCCCUCCCAGGCAGCCACUUUCAUGAAUGAUGCCAUUGAGAAGGCAAGGAAAGCAGCUGAACUACAAGCCCGCAUCCAAGCCCAACUGGCACUGAAGCCAGGGCUCAUCGGCAAUGCCAACAUGGUGGGCUUGGCCAAUCUUCAUGCCAUGGGCAUUGCUCCCCCGAAGGUGGAGUUAAAAGAUCAAACUAAGCCUACACCACUGAUUCUCGAUGAGCAAGGUCGCACUGUAGAUGCAACAGGCAAGGAGAUUGAGCUGACACACCGCAUGCCUACUCUGAAGGCCAAUAUUCGUGCUGUGAAGAGGGAACAAUUCAAGCAACAGCUUAAAGAAAAGCCAUCAGAGGACAUGGAGUCCAAUACCUUUUUUGACCCCCGAGUCUCGAUUGCCCCUUCGCAGCGCCAGAGACGCACUUUUAAAUUCCAUGACAAGGGCAAAUUUGAAAAGAUUGCCCAACGAUUACGGACAAAGGCUCAACUGGAGAAGCUGCAGGCAGAGAUCUCACAGGCAGCUCGAAAAACAGGCAUUCACACUUCAACUAGGCUGGCCCUCAUUGCUCCUAAGAAGGAGUUAAAGGAGGGCGAUAUCCCUGAAAUUGAGUGGUGGGACUCUUACAUCAUCCCCAAUGGCUUUGACCUUACAGAGCAAAAUCCCAAGAGAGAAGAUUAUUUUGGAAUCACAAAUCUUGUUGAACAUCCAGCCCAGCUCAACCCCCCAGUCGACAAUGACACACCAGUUACUCUGGGGGUAUAUCUUACCAAGAAGGAACAGAAGAAACUUCGAAGGCAAACAAGGAGGGAAGCACAAAAGGAACUACAAGAAAAAGUCAGGCUGGGCCUGAUGCCUCCUCCAGAACCCAAAGUGAGAAUUUCUAAUUUGAUGCGAGUAUUAGGAACAGAAGCUGUUCAAGACCCCACGAAGGUAGAAGCCCAUGUCAGAGCUCAGAUGGCAAAAAGACAGAAAGCGCAUGAAGAGGCCAACGCUGCCCGAAAACUUACAGCAGAACAGAGAAAGGUCAAGAAAAUUAAAAAGCUUAAAGAAGACAUUUCACAGGGGGUACACAUAUCUGUAUAUAGAGUUCGAAAUUUGAGCAACCCAGCCAAGAAGUUCAAGAUCGAGGCCAAUGCUGGGCAGCUGUACCUGACGGGGGUGGUGGUCCUGCACAAGGACGUCAACGUGGUGGUAGUGGAAGGGGGCCCCAAGUCCCAGAAGAAAUUUAAGCGUCUUAUGCUGCAUCGGAUAAAGUGGGAUGAACAGACAUCUAACACAAAGGGAGAUGAUGAUGAGGAAUCUGACGAGGAAGCUGUGAAGAAAACCAACAAAUGUGUACUAGUCUGGGAGGGUACAGCCAAAGACCGGAGCUUUGGAGAUAUGAAGUUCAAACAGUGCCCUACAGAGAACAUGGCUCGGGAGCAUUUCAAAAAGCACGGGGCUGAACACUACUGGGACCUUGCGCUGAGUGAAUCUGUGUUGGAGACCACCGACUGAGACUACUGCAAGCCCCUGCCUCCCCCGCCUGUGUCUCUCAGCCCCCCACCUUACUCUGCUUCCCAGCCCAGCCCCACCUGUGUGUGUGAUCGCGGGACUGUGCCAGGCCGACAUGGGCACAGAGGGAGAUCACCUUGCUCCCUGCCCCUGUCAGCCUGGUGCUGCCCUUUAGUCCCCUUAUGUGCAUAUGAUUAAAGAGUUAUUUUUAAAGCUGGUAUGCUAUUUUUCACUCCUAGGUA